GGCCCCAGAUACAACCAAGAAAUCUACUACUAUCACAACUACUAAUUUAUAAAUGUGGAAUUAGGCUCUUAAGGAACGUUUGACAGUUGAAGCACGUGACAAACAUGCCGAUAUCCCCCGCCCUCCCGAACGGCGUGAGGGGGAGCCAAGGAGGGGCGUGACCGACCCGCCGAUCACAGAACCGCCUCGCGCUCACCAUUCAACUGUUUUCUUUUCUUUAAAUCGUUUAUCGAUUGGCGAUGUCAUUUGUCGGAAGUUGUAGGAACACAUAACAAAGUAGCGGGGAAGAUCGCGACGAGAGCGGCUCGUGAAAGCUGGUUGGUUCUGUGUUCACGAUUGAUCGCACCAUACGGCAAAACAACCGAAACUACAACAUGCCCUUACUUUGGAAAAGCCGCGUCCGGGAGAAAAUGCCUGCCCCCCGGAGCCCGUCCCCGGUGCUGAAGCCCCUGUCGGCCCUUGCAGUACCGGGAAUGUUCCUCUUCUAUAAAUACAACGAGCUUAAACGCCAGUCAAAUCAUACACCCGUCCCUAAGCGGACUACCGUGACAGAGAGGGAGUUAGAUCACCUCAACCAUAAAAUUGAUAAACUGUUGGCGAAGAUAGAUGACCACGACCACAGUAGUACGAAGGCGCCGAAAGAGGACGAGGAGUGUGUGAUAUGUAUGGCAGCCAAGGCAACAAUGCAGACCUACCCAUGCGAACACAAGGUCGUAUGCCGGAAGUGCUUCGUGAAGACCAUACAGACAGCGAUUGCGCAGAGAUCACUUCCGCUUCGAUGCGUCAUUUGUCGGAGUCAAAUUCUCAAGCUUCGUCAAGUGUCAUCAAGUAGCAAAAAGAAAUCGAAAUCUCAAAAAUCCCUUGGCCAUAAACUGUUCACACGAACGCCUAUACAACUGCCAGUGUGUACAAAUUAAUCAAGGAAGUGCCACUGGCACUCCACGGACCAAUCAAAUAGGUGCUGACACACCUCACGGACCAAUCAAACAGGUGCUGACACACCUCACGGAAGAAUCAAAGUAUAUGUAGUAUUGAGGAAAUGUAAAUAUCACCAUUGUUUAUUGUAUAUGUAGACGUAGCAGCAAUAAUAUCACAGGGCCAUACAACUUCCGGUCAUUCUGUCCCCGUCGUUAUGACGUCAUCAGGGGGUGUGAACAGUGUUUUCUGACAAUGACAGUCACAUUUCUAAGAAAUUUUACUUGAUAUUUCUCUUAAACUAUUUUAUAUCGAAACGAUGUUAGUUCUUCAUCCGAAAUUACAUGAACAUAUGCACUGUGUGCGCUACGUACGAUUGUGUAAGAAGUGGGCGUCUGGAUCGUGAUGCGCAUAUGUGACAGACGAUAAAAUUGCAAAAGAGCAACAGAACAAUGGGAUACGUAUAUGGGACAUUUUAACUUAUCAACGAGUUGAAAAUAUCACCGGAACACGUCCAGUGUCAAUUACCCUUAUUGAAUUGAUUCUGUCUACGAUCAUAUACAAAUCGGACUGAGUGACUAUGGGAGCUCGUACAGGAAGUGUGUAAGAGGGUGAUCGUGUAUGAGGGAACGUACGUGUGUGAAUGUGACACCCGGGCUAUUUCGUAGCUUUCAUGAACAUUGAACGAAAAAAGUGUAGCCAUAAGACUUAAUUCAACAUUACGUUUGUUUUCUCGAGAUUUUCUGUAACAAAUUGUCUAGAGAUUAUUACUGUUGUUGCUGCAAUAAGGACGUUGUUAUCGCAUCUUAAUACUGCGCAAACAGUCCUCCUCGCGGAUUGACAGCGCAUCCGGUUUUCAGAUAUUACAAGUGUUAGGUAUCCAAGCACAACCAACUGACCAGCAUGGAUGGACUUCCGGUUCGUAGAGUUACGCAUAUCAUGACAGAAUACAUCCCGCGCAAAUGUCUACAGCAUAAAACGCCUUCUAUACUUUCGAGUCUUAAUACAGAAGGCAUAUAUUCUUGUUAAGAGUCGAUUGCCCUGGGUUUUCCACACAAUGCAGUCCAAGCCCUUGGAUACGGCGCCUAUACAAUCUACAACUCUUAGUUACCAGGCUUGGGUAGUUGCUGAUUCUUGGAUACGGCGCCUGAACAGACUACCACCCUUAGUUACCACGCUUUGGCAGUCCAAGCCUUUGGAUACGGCGCCUACACAAUCUACAACCCUUAGUUACCGCGCUUGGGUAGUUGUUGAUUCUUGGAUACGGCGCCUGAACAGACUACAACCCUUAGUUACCACGCUUUGGCAGUCGUUGAUUCUUGGAUACGGCGCCUGAAAAGUCUACAACCCUUGGUUACCACGCUUGGGCAGUCGUUGAUUCUUGGAUACGGCGCCUGAAAAGUCUACAACCUUUAGUUACCACGCUUGGGCAGUCGUUGAUUUUUGGAUACGACGCAUGAACCUUCAAAAUUCCUUGGUUCAAACGCCUUGGCGGUGGCGAUUCUUGCUUACCAUGUAAAACAUCCGUAAAAUUUACUCACAUGAAGGCACAUAUGAUUCGCUGAUACCGGAACGGUGUUUCCGCAUGCGCAGUACAGUGUUGGUUUACGUAUGACGAGUAUGACUAUUAUGCAAUUUGAAACUAAUAUGUUGUUGAGUCGGUUUAUAUACGGUUGUCUCACUUAGCCAAGCGUUAAUCCUACUGACUGUGAACUUCAACAGCUUGUGAUUUUGCUUAAAUUUCAUUUAAUGAUACCCUGUAACUUAUCUAUUGAUCUUUGAUGAUCUUUGAAACAGUUUCAUUUUUACACGUUUAUUUUCUAAGAUAGAACAACUAGCUUUUUAUAUACUAAACUAUUACUAUUGCUUUGAUACACAAUAUGCGAUGCUAAAGUGAUUAGUUCUGAAGUCCUAUCUCCAAUUUAUGAUUAUCUAUACUCGCUAUAUGAACACAAUAUAACAAUAUCGAUACUUGAAGUUUACUUUGUAAUAAUUUUAACAUGUAUGUUCCUCGCGCUUCUCCCUUAUGUACAGCUGUUGAUUUGUAUCCAGUAGCCUUGUAUAUUCCAGAAACUGCCAUAAUACAUAUUCAUUAGUUUUAAUUACAAUGCAUAUUCAUGAAAUUCUUCGUCACAGGUAAUCAUACAUAUUCAUGAGAUAGUAAAUACCGAACGUUAAUAAGUUUUUGGUAUACGAGUACUCAUAUCUGAUAACUUUUGCCGUGUUCGGUUUUAAAUGUUAUGUACUUGUCUUCUUACAAGUAAUUGUAUUUGACUGUUUUAAUUUUGUUUUAAGCAAUAAUAUAACAUAGGUGCAUGGUAUAUGUUGCUUACCAUGAGUACAUAUAAAUAUCGGCUGUGACAUCAUUCCCAUGGAAAACCACAAAUCCGUACCAAUUUAUGAAAAAUCAUGUUGUUUUAUAAAGAAAGAUCGCAGAAAUCUCUUCAAAAGAGUUUUCCAUUGAAGGGGAGAUAACCGCAAAACAAAAAUAUAUUUAUAUACAAAUCGACGUCUGAAUUUUGAAAAUGGUUAGGAAAGGGGUUAUAAUAACCGGAAGAGGCAAUGUCUCUAUACAGUGUCUAUAACAUACUGUAUCCAUAGUAUGCUGUAAUUAUUUAUUUAGGAACAUGCACUCAAGUAUUUCUACACAUCGUAGUGGAGAUUGUAUAUGACUCGCACAUGAUAGUACACGCCCAGUAUAGGCAUGCGCUGUUUAGGCCGCGCCCAUUAUAUAGACACGCCCUCUUUAGGCCGCGCCCAUUAUAGGGCAGGCUCUUUCAUCUCUACAAUAUUUCGUCUUUCAUAGAGUCUACGAUAUUUUAUAAUGCGAUAUAUAGCACACUGUCAUUAAGAGUUAUUGUUCGUUGAUCUGAUCCUAUCUUUAUCUCUAUCAACAGUUAACUUAAAGUUACUAAAAUUUUAACAUGGAAAUAGUUUUGCGAUACAUGAGUAAGGACUAUAUCACUGUGAUAUUCUCACUCAGGCGAAAAGAAAGAUAGAAAAUGUUUGGAAUGUUAUAACGAAAGGACGAAUCUACGGAUCAGAUGUCGCUAUAUUAUAGUCUUGUUUUCUUAUGUACGUCAUAUCAUGUGAUAAGAAAUGGAGCCAUGGGUCAUGAUGGUCACAAAUAAAGUAUGCAAUUAAUAUUUAACCUCCGUGUACUCGCAAUUACGUGACAAUUAGUAGGAAGGGCAUGUGAACUGGAAAACACUUAUCACAGUAACCAUUUGUUAUCUUAUAAGGAAGGGACUCAUGCUGCGAAAAAGAGGGAAAGAAAUGUUUGAAACCCUAUAGAAUUGGGACAAAUUCUUCAGUUAUCUGUUAAUACUGGUAAAAUAACUUUUUAUUUUCAAGCAAUAUUUUGGUAUCAGAAAUUACAAAAUCGCCCUAUCCUAUCAACACUGUGAUUUUGUCCUAUUCAAACGAUUUGUUAAGCGUUUAAACCCUAAUGACGUCGACAUUACGUCAUCAACUCGAGAUGGCGGGAACACGGAGGUGUCACUGUAGUAGAUGUACGGAGCAGAUUAAAGUUAAUAGAAC